AUGCAGUGUCUCCCUUAUGAGGCCCCCAGUGCCCAUGACCGCAAGACUGGGGGCCCCCUUCCUCCUGUCUCUCCCUCUUAUCUAACUCCUUUUGCCUCUUCUCCUGCUGCUGCAGCAGCAGCAGCAGCAGCACCUGAAGCAGCAGCAAUAAAUGGAGAGGAGACAGGAGACACCUUGAUGUAUAAGUGGGGCCCUUACGCCCACCAUGCAGCUUACGCCAUUCGAGGGCCCCCUCAGGGGCCCCCCCCGUUCCCUGAGGGCCCCCAUCAGUACUCUGGAGGGUACCCCCAGUACCAUGAGGGGCCCCUCCAGUACCCUGCAGGGCUCUCCCAGUACUAUGAGGGGCCUCCUCAGUACCUUGAUGCAAAGGGGGGCCCCCAGUACCCUCGGGGCCCCUAUAGUGAUGCCCUAGGGAUGGUGUCUCCUCCAAGGGCCCCCUCCCCAGGUGUCUCCUCAUUGGGCCCCUUUGUGUCUCCUGCAGCAGAAGAUUUUUGUACCCUAAAAGAAGGAAAAGGAGACAGUAAAAGAAUAAAAGAAACAGGGGACAGAGGGGCCCCUGCAGCAGGGGCCCCUCUGGCCCCUGCAGCAGGGGGCCCACCUGCCUAUACACCCCACCUCUUCUUUAGAAAUGACAGCAAAUGUGCUGUACCCAGCAACAUCAGAAGGAGAAAAGGAAAAGGGCACCGCCGCAGCAGCAGCAAGAGGAGGGUAUCUGGUCUUAAGGGCUUAACACAGUUUGCUGCAGCAGCAGCAGGAGGGUCCCCUGUUAGCCUAGAAGGGGUGAGGUGUGCAGCAGCAGCAGCACCUGGUGGUGCAGCAGCUGCUGCAGAAGAAGCCCCAGCAGGAGCAGCAGAAGGGGGGGGAGCAGCAGCAGAAGGGAGACAGGGAGACAGGACAAGGAGGAGACAAGGAAGGAAGCAGAGAGAGGAGACACAAAAAGGAGACAGUAGGAGACAAUCGGAGACACUUUGGGCCCCUAUACCUUCCUUGCUGCGUAUUAUAGCAAGAAGGACCCCUUUCUUAUCUAUACUAAAUAAGCAGCAGCAGCAGCAAGAGCAGCAAGAGCAGCAGCAGCAAGAGCAGCAGCAGCAAGAGCAGCAGCAGCAGCAGGAAUCACAACAAGAGAGCAAGGAGUCGCAGCAGCAACGCAGCACUACAAGUGCUACAAACUUCUUCGGGAGUCCAAGUACUACCAACAGCAGCAGCAGCAGCAGCAGCAGCAGCAGCAGGGUAGAGGAAACACGGCAGCGAGAGUUUCUGCUGCAUGCAUCCUUGGAUGACAGAAGCAGGAGACAAGGAGGGAGGAGACACCAAGAAGGAGACACUUCUAGGUGUCUGUCUCCUUUAGUGUCUCCUCCUCGAUGUCUCCGCAGUAAUACUGCACAGAUCCUCUAUACCCCUGCAGCAGCAGCAGCAACAACAACAGCAGCAGCAACGACAACAACAGCAACAGCAACAGCAGCAGUAACAGCAACAGCAACAGCAACAACAACAACAGAGACUUCGGGUGUAUGCGCAGCUCGCACCACCCGCAGCUUUACUGCAACACUGUGUAUCCGCAGAAGCAGCUCUAGGGUGCUGCCGGCAGCAGCAGCGACAGCAGCAGCAACAGCAGCAAACGGGCUAGAAGCAGCAGCAGCAGCAGAUCCGCAAGACAGAGCAUGGGUUGUCUCUGAGUAUUGGCGGGAGUCAACAGCAACACAGAUACACCUAACCAGCAGCAGCCAGCAGCAAUCUGCUGCUGCUGCUGCAGCAACAGCAGCAGCAGCUACUGCUGCUGCUACUGGCAGCUCACUCUCUUGGGAGAAGAGACAACAAAGCAGCAGGAGGAAGGGAGACGGCUGCUGCAGCAGGAGAAGCUCUACGCCAGGACUGCAUGUCUCUGCUGCUGCUGCUGCUGCUGCUCGUCCCCUUGUUGGUGCACCAGCAGCAGGUUAUGCUGCCGAGAAGACGAGUUCAGAUCUUCCCGUUGCUGCUGCAAUGUCUCCUCCUGCUGCUGUUGCUGCUGCUGCUGCUGCUGCUACACUGUCUUCUCCUACUAGUAGCGGAUCCCCUCGCGCAGCAGCACGAGAAGUGCCUCUCCUUAAACAGCAGCAAUCAGCAGCAGCAGCAACAGAUCCAACGACAGUAGCUGCAGCAGCACCAACAGGAGCAACUGACACGACAAAACGUGCAGCAACAGAAGAAGCAGCAAGAGCAGCAGCAGCAGCAACAGCAACAGCAACAGCAGCAGACAGACGAGGGACAGCACAGGCGCUGCGGCUCAUCGCCGCUUUCAGAGCGAAGAUUUUUGGUGUCUCGGAAGGCAGCAGAUGGGCCAUGCAGCAGCAGCAACAGCAGCAGCAGCAGCAGCAGCAGCAGGAGCAACAGCAGCAGCAACAAGAGCAGCAGCAACCACAAGAGCAACAACAACAAGAAUGCUGCAACGAGGGAGCAGAUGCUAUGGUUAGCAGCACCAGAAGCAGCAGCAAUAACGGUAGCACCAGCGACAGCAGGCGAGAGCAGCAGCUGCAGCGGAAACAGCAGCAGCAGCAACAACAACAACAACGGCGGCAGCAGCAGCAGCAGCAAAAGAUUGCCCCUCUAUCUGCUGUUCUGAAGUUAAAGCCAAGGCGGUGCUGCGCCCUCACCACAGGCAACACGCCAACAGCGCAGCAGCAGCAGCAGCAGCAACAACAACUGCAGCAGCAGCAGCAGCAGGAAUCACAAGAGCAGCAGCAGCAGCAGCAGCAGGAAUCACAUGAGCAGCAGCAACAGCAGCAGGAAUCACAAGAGCAGCAGCAGAAGCCAGAUGAACUCGUUCGGUCGCCAGCAGAUGCAUGCAGAGGAAGACGGCUUCUGAAAGCCCCACAAGAGGCACCCAUCGCUGCUGCAGCAGAAGCAGAGACGGCAGCAGCAGCAGCAACAGCAGCAAAAGUUGCUGCAGUGUCUCAAGAGGCCGGACAUAUCUCCCUGUCCUCCACUACUAAAUUUAGCUGCUUCCUCAGAGACAUCAACACUGCUGCUGCCUCUGCUGCUUCUGCUGCUUCUGCUGCUGCUGCUUCCCUGCUGACGGUGUCUUGCCAGCAGCAGCAGCAGCAGCAGCAACAGCAGCAGCAGCAGCAGCAGUUGGAAAACCAGCAGAGGCAGCAGGUGCAGCAAAGGAGCAGCAGCAGCAGCAAGAGCUCCAUUCCCUCAGGUGUUCUUACGAUUGAAGCACAGAAACAAUACAAAGAAAUUCAGGCAGCAGCAGCAGAAGCAGCAACUGCAGCAGCAGCAGCAGCAGAUGCUGAAGCAGCAACAGCAGAAGCAGCAGUAUCUGAAGCAACCGCAAAAGCAGCAGCAAGAAGGCUCGAUAAAGGUGCAGCAGCACGAGCAGCGGAUGAAGCAGCAGCAGCAGCAGCAGCAGCAGCAGCAUCCACAAUCGCACUGCCUACUUGGGGUAGCAGCGAGAACAGCAGCAACAGCAGCAACAGCAGCAGCAGCAGCAGCAGCAGCAGCAUCCGUCAGAAAGUACAGCAACCCCACCCUUUUGCUGCUACCCUAAGGGAGGGGCCCCUCCCUAAGGGUACCACUGGGGCCUCGGAGGGGACAACCUGUCUCUAUAGAGCAGCAACAAAGAGGAAAAUUAAUCUGCUGCUGCGCUACCAUCAGCUGCAGCAGCAGAAGAAAAAACAGCAGCAGCAGCAGCAGAUUCUGCCGCUGCAGCAAGCAGCAACGGGAGCAGCAGCAGCACGUCGAGCAGCAGCCAGCAAUUCAAUCGGCUACAGCAAAUGGGCAGCAAGCCGCAGGCGGAGAGCGGAUAAGGAGGGCAGCAGCAGCAGCAGCAGCAGCAGCAGUACAACCACCAAAUCCUCAGCAGCAGCAGCAGCAGCCAGCAUGCAAACAGCAUUCCUCCAUCAGAGGAAGCCUUCUUCCAGUGUACUAGAAGAGCAGCAGCAGCAACAACAACAGCAGCAGCAGCAACAACAGCAGCAGCAGCAGCAGCAGCAGCAGCAGCAGCAGCAGCAGACAGGAUAUGGCCGCCUUAGGAGGAGAGGCGCAGAUCUGCAGCACUCUCUUAGGCUGUAUAUGCAUGCAGCAAUUCGUCAGCAGCGGCUGCAGCAGCUGCGGCAGCAGAGGGAAAGAGAAGAAGCAGAACAACUGCAGCGCGAGGCAUUCGAGCUCAGACCUAAACCUGUACCAAGGCACACAUACAAGCGGCUUUGCCCUCAAGGUACCCAAGGGGCCCCCUGUCUCUAUCGGUCUUGUUGUGGGAGCCACAGGGGCCCCCAAAGCCUUUCUCAGGGGCCGCCGGCUGCCCAGGGGCCCCAGGGGCCUCUUUCUUCCUUGCAUGCAUCUACUGAAGUGUCUAUACACUUGGCUGCUGCUGCGCAGCAGCAGCAAACUUGGGAAGAAGUACCAAGGAAUGGGGAGUACGUACACCUGCAGCAGCAGCAGAAGCAGCAGCAACUGCGGCAACAAUUGCAGCAGCAACUGCAGCAGAAGCAGGGGAAAAAGCAGGAAUUAAAGGCUCUGCUGCUGCAGCUGUUGGCAGAGGAAGCAGAUGACCUGCAGCAGCUGCAGCAACAGCAGCAGCAACCGAGGCGCAGCAAGCAUCAAGUCACAGAUAUUGCAGCACCGGCUGCAGCAGCAAAAGCAGCAACAGCAGCAGCAGCAGAAUUGCAGCAGCAGGCAGUUUAUCGCGAGCUCAACGAGCUCCCUGCUGCGUCACGUAUAAGACAGCAGCAACUGCUGCUGCGGCAACAGCAGCGGCUGCAGCUGCAGCAACAAGACCUGCUGCAGCAGAUGCAGCAGCAGCACCGUAUGUUGAAUAAAGAAGACCUGUACACCUCAGCAGCAAAUGGCUGCAUGCGUGGCUUCCCACAGCAGCAGCACCAGCUGCUGCAGCUUGGGGCAGCUGCACAUGCUCCUGCUGAUGCUGCUGCUGUUGCUGCUGCACCUGCUGCUGCUGCUGCUGCUGCUGAUUGGGGGGUGUCAGUAGAUCGGUGGUCUAUGCCGUGUAUAAAAGGGACUCCUGUUAAGGCAGCCUCUAGGGCCUCUGUAAGGAGAGAAGCAUCUGCGGUGUCUCCUCAGCUGCAGCAGCUGCAGCAGCAGCAGCAGCUAAGACAGUACGGCUCUGCUGCACCCAGGAAACAGCUGCUGCGUUCAACAACAGCAACAGCAGCAACAGCAGCAGCUGUAAGGAAGACCACGACUGUUACGCAUGCUGCUGCUUAUGCCCACAGCUCUGCAGCAACAACAGCAGCAGCAACGGAGGAUUCCUUUGCUGCUAUUGCUGCUGCUGCUGCUGCUGUUGCUGCUGCUCCGCCACCAACCCACCGGAGCUUCGGAGGUUCUGUAACGUCUACUACACGCAGCACAACACCAACAGCAGCAGCAGCAGCAACGCCAACAUCUGCAGCAGCAGCAGCAGCAGCAGCAGCAGAAGCAAGCGGUAGAUCGUUGACCCCCUGUAGACCUAAAAGAGCAACACCUUUUGUUUGCGGCAGCACACGCAGCAGCCACAACAUUUUGCUGCAGCAAUCAGCAGCAGCAGCAGCAGCAAGACUUGCUGCAGCGGCCAGCAGCAGCAGACAAUCAAGGAGAUCUCAUAGCACAGGAUCCCUGCUGCCAAAGGCGUCAACAGCAGACAUGCAGCAACAGCAGCAGCAGCAGCAGCAGCAGCAGCAGCAGCAGCAGCAACAGAAGCAGCAGCAAAGGGGACGCAGCGCAGCAGCACGUUAUACAAAACAACCUCAGCAGCCGAUUAAGCGCAGCCAAGGGGGCCCCGUACGCAUGCAGCAGCAGUUGCAGCUGCAGCAGUUGCAGCUGCAGCAGUUGCAGCAGCAGCUGUUGCAGCAACAGGAGGAGCAAGCAGCAGCAACAGCAGCAGCAGAAAGUUUGCUGCUAUCUGUAGAGGCUGCAUCUGUAGAGGCAGAAGCAGAGGCAGCAGCAGCAGAAGCAGCAGCAGCAGCAGCAGCAGCAGCAGAACUACAAUCAGCACAAAGAAGAGCAGCAAUGGAGUUAUUGUCUCUUUGUGUCUCCUCCUCAUCUAAGGAGACAGAAAGGAGACACAAUAAUAAUAAAAAGGAGACACUUGUCUCCCCCCUAGAUAAUAAGCAUACAAGACACAAACAGCAGCAGCAGCAGCAGCAGCAGCAGCAGCAGCAGAUGAGUAUACACUCAAGACUGCAUACAACAGCAAGUUCUUGUGAUUUGCUGCUAGAAGGAGACAAAGAUACACCAAAAUUAAGGAGACACUUAUUAAUAGAUAAUCAGGACCUAUGGGCAGCAGAAUAUUUAUAA